AUGGCCCAACAACAGCCAGAGAAAGCCGUCGAUUCUAGCAUUGCGAUCAUCACCAUGGAAGCUGCACUAGCGAAGAUAAUUACUCUGAAGAGCUCUGGCGAACAGAUCUUGGCAAAGAUUUUUUCAGACAUGAUGCAGGCUGCGGAACUUCUCAACAUACAGGGAUUGAUAGAUUUGAUAAAGCAGAAAAUGGCUGACUGGAUGACUGGUAACACACUAGAGGAUAUUCGUCGGGCAUUUAACUUAACAGACGAAGAAUUCCAACUGACCCCUGAAAAAGAUGAAGAGAUUAGUAGAAGAUUAGAGAUUAUUAGUCGUAGGCGAAUUGUUGGGGCCUUUUGA